GUUGUCACAGGAGCACAGGUGCUACCGGACAAUAAAAUGGCCUUGAGUAAAAAUAAAAUAAACGUAAGUAAUGUUUUAGAACGACCGUUGGCAGUUUGCGUAACGUUAACUCCUUGAAUAGAUGUCUCCCUCGAAAUGGAAAGCCGCAGUCCGACUUAGCGUUACUAUAUAAAUCAAAGCUUAGAAGAUAAGUUUGGUACGUAUCCACUUCAUAAACUUCGAUGAUUUAGGAGCAAUGAUUCAUGCUGGCGUUUGCAGUCAUAUCAGACGAUUUCGGUUUCGGAAACAUUCGUUUUUAGUUGUUUGUGCGCUGGGGACUGCAUAUCUUGCUUUGAACCUGAUACAUGACAGCUUACCAAGACGGCCAGCUAUCAAUUCGACCGCGGCGGCGCCGGCGACGCGGGCGCGGCCGGCGUGCCCGCCGCCGCCGCCGCCGCUGCGGCCGGCCAAGCUGCCGCACCGGUUCCCUGGCCUGACGUGCGCGCCGCGGCACCGGGUGGGCUUCCUGAAGACGCACCGGAGCGGCUCGUCGGCCGUGCAGAACGUGCUGUUCCGGCUGGCGGCGCACCACCAGCUGGUGCCGCUGCUGCCGGCGGCCGGCUCCCAGCUGCUGGGCCGGCGGCCGUUCCGCGCCUCCGACCGGUGCGCCGCCGCCGGCCACCAGUUCGGCUGUCACAUCAUCAACGUGGCGCUCCGCUGGGACCACGACCAGGUGCAGCAGGUGAUGCCCAACGACACCGUGUACAUCUCGAUCGUGCGCGAGCCGCUGCGCCAGUUUCUCUCCAUGUUCCGGCACCUGGAGCUGGACCGGUUCGUAUCGCUGGAGGAGUUCGCCGCUCAGAGGCCCAUCCCCAGCACGCGCUUUGGCGGCAUGUACGGCCGCAACCAGCAGCUCUGGGACUUUGGCCUGCCCGAGGAGCACCACGACGACGACAACAAGGUUCGCGAAAAGGUGGCCGAGAUCGAGCGUCACUUCCAGCUGGUGCUGGUCGCCGAGCGGAUGGACGAGUCGCUGGUGCUGCUGCGCCACCUGCUCUGCUGGCCCACCGCCUACGUCGUCUCCAUGCGGCUCAACGCGCUGAUGGCGCCCAUCGAGCUGCCGGUGGACAGCCCGGCGCGCUCGGCGCUCCAGCGCUGGCUGCGCGCCGACCGCCUCCUCUACCGCCACUUUGCCGGCCGGCUGGAGCAGCGCGUGCGCCAGUUCGGCGAGGACAGGAUGCGCCAGGAGGUGGCCGCGCUGCGCGAGGAGACACGCCGCGUGGUGGCCGAGUGUCGCAUCGUGCGCUCGCCGCCUGCCGAGCUGCAAGAAUGGAACCGCUGGCCCGGCCACCGGGUGUACGGCUUCAGCGCGCGCAACGGUUCGCGGCUGUGCCAGAUGUACGUGGCCGCCGAGCACACGUGGGUGCAGGUGAUGCGCGAGCUGGUGGAGGCGCUCAAGGCGAUCCGGUGAGGCGUCCGCUGCCGCCGGUCUCACAGUCCGGCGCGGCGGUAGGUAUACGGUAUUUACAGAGCGCCCCGGCCCUUCACGGUUCGUGCCAGGCCAAGCUAAAAGAAAAAUAAAUAAGUCGUGGUGGAA